AUGGAUGGCACCGAUGCGGAUCCAUCAUCGCCGUCAAAUCCACGCAAACGUCGCCGCCCGGCAUUGUCGUGCCAACAAUGUCGCGCCCGCAAGGUCAAAUGCGACAAAGAGAUGCCAUGCGGUCCAUGUACCAAAGCUUAUGGUUCUUUGAAAUGCUCGUAUGUCCAUGAGGGUAAAGCUGCUUUGGAUGCAAGACUCGAGACAUCUAAGAGGAGUGGGUAUGAAUCACCCACUUCUCCUGUUGGGUCGUGUAUAGCGGCUGGAAAUAGUACUGGUACUUCUGUGGAUAGGCUGAGCGAUGGAGCGCGAAUUGCACAGUUGGAGAGCAGUGUUCGGGUUCUUCAUGAUCGAAUAUCGAGUCUGGAGAACCAGAUUAAAGGUCCAGCGAGCAGUCAAUUGCCAUCUCAUGGUACCUCGGGUUCAAAAAAUGACUUGAAUGGACUUGGGGAACGCAUUGCUGAGCUGGAACGGUUGUCUGCACCUAGUAGAUCUGGGCGAUCGGCUCCACCUCAAACCACGAUUCCUCCGCUGGCGCCUCGGCUGAAGUGUGUUGGGGAACGAACUCGAUUAUUCGGUACUACACAUUGGGCUUUGAUAUUUCACCAGCUCCGCCUACUUUGUCAAGUACGCAGCACAGCCAGCUAUACUGAUAGUAAUCAAAACGAGAUGAGCAAGCUUCUCAGAGAAGUUCGAGGCCUGAGGAGGAUCAUCAAAAGCCGACAGACGCCGCUGUUACUAGAUCCAGCCGCAGAUCUGCUCAAUGAUCUCCCUUCAAGGGAGAUUUGCGACGAGCUUGUGCGCCACUACUUCCGAACUCUGGGCUUGAUAUAUCAAGUCAUGCAUAUUCCGUCGUUCUACCAGGAAUACGAACGCUUCUGGGGAAAUUCUCACUCGGCGUCAACGGGGUUCGUGAGGAAGCUUUUGCUGAUCCUUGCAAUCGGGUCUAUAUUCCACUGCAAAUCUGGUCCAUUUAAUGAACUCGGUCUACCGACUCGACGGUGGAUCUAUGCCGCGCAGUGGUGGAUCUCCGGGCCCUUCGAAAAAGAACGUGAAAGCAUAGAAGGAUUGCAGGUGCAUUGUCUGCUGCUUCUCUGUCGUCAAGCCUAUGCAAUGGAUAAAGAGUCUAAUUGGACCGCUGCUGGUACUUUGUUGCGUCAAGCUAUCUACCAGGGCCUGCAUCGCGACCCGAGUAACUUCCCAGCAAUUUCUGCGUUUGAUGCAGAAAUGCGACGCCGGAUAUGGGCCUCUAUACUUGAAAUCAAUAUUCAGUUUUCGCUUGAUGCGGCCAUGCCUCCGCUAUUGACUCCAGAGGAUUACGAUACGCGACCACCGGCAAAUUUGGGAGAUGAUGACUUCGAUCGAUCGACAAACGAUAUACCUCCGUCACAACCCAAACACUACUACACCACAUCGUCCUUGCAAACUCUCCUCUGCCAGUCCCUCCCUGUACGGCUGCGUAUUGCACGGACUAUAAACGAUUGUAGCAAUGAGCAAUCCUACGAGAACGCGCUGCAUCUGGGCAGGGAGGUAACAGCAGCUUGCAAGGAAAUGGCCGCCCUCUUUCACACCUGGUUCUCACGGACAAGCAAAAGCAUGUUUCCACCAACCCAGUUCCAUCAGCGAAUCAUGGACACAAUCCUACGGCGCUUUUUGCUCAAUCUGUAUCGCCCAUUCGCAUCCCAGGCUGCGCGAGAUCCGCGAUUCUAUCUCUCACGAAAACUCAGUAUCGACUCUGCCCUCAUUUUGGCAUCCUAUACAGAAAGCCCCACUCCAGACCUGUACGCCGAUAAAAGCCCAUAUCGAGAUUUUCAACGACUAGCCCUUUCCGGGACAGGAAUCUUCAAGGGUUGUCUUUCUUUGGAUGUCAUCAUAGUAAUCAGUCUAGAACUCAUCACCCAACUGGAAGACGAAUCUACCACGCUACCGACCGGCCCUGCACCAGUCCCUCCAAACGCAGUUGAUCAAAAGACGGAGAAUGCUCUCAAUCCACUCAUCCGGGCACUUGAGCGAAUCAAAGACCACCUUUAUCAAGGAUUAGCCGCGGGAAUCCCAAGCAUGAAGCGGUACUGUCUACUCACAGGUGUUCUUGCACAGAUUCAAGCUGUACCUCAGGGAGAGCAGGCAGAGUGGACCCAUAUCCGGGAAGCUUUCAUGGAUAGUAUGAGGACUUGUCGUAAAUUGCUACAAAAACAUAUCUCGAAUGGUCCUCCCGGCCAGGUGGCCGAUGGGACACUGCUUACGCCGAGUGAUGUUGUGUGUGGGUUCACACCCGAGAGCGCAGUUGGGUCAAGCAUGGACUCUGAAUAUAUGAUUCCGGAUCUCGGCUUCGAUGAUUUGGGCUUCUGGGAUAUUCCUGACUUUUUGAACACUGAAAUGUUGGCAGCGUCGCAGUACGGGCAAAACUCAAUUUGA